AUGGUUCGUCUCUCGCUCGCCUCCGUGGCCCUCGGCGCUGCAGCCGCCGUCAAGGCUCUUGCCUCGGGCAAUUGCACUGGCGUCCAGGCCAUCAGCACCAAGUGCGCCUCCAAGGAGGCAGCGCAUACCCGCGACUUCUUUUACGUGGGCGGCCGCUACAUCGAGGGCGCCUCAGGCAACGUCACGGUCGAUCAGCUCUAUGUCGAGAAGCUCGUUCCCGUUGACGCCGGACGUAGCCGUCGUCGAGGCGUCCCUGCGACGAAGCCUAUCAUCUUCUUCCACGGCGGCGGCACCACGGGUGUCACGUGGCUCAACACUCCCGACGACCGUCCCGGGUGGGCAACGUAUUUUCUGCAGCAGGGGUACACAGUGUACCUAGUCGACGUAACUGCGAUUGGAAGGUCGACAGAAAAUAACCUUGCGGAGUUCACCAUGAUCGCCGGCACAGCGGCAGAGGGCGUGGAGCGGGCGUUCACCAACGUCGAGGCGUACAACGCGUAUCCCCAAGCGAAGCUCCACACGCAAUGGCCCGGCACCGGACAGAAGGGCGAUCCCACGUUCGAGCAGUUCAAGAAGGCGAUCAUCCCACUCUCCACCAACUGGGUGCCUCAGGAGCUCGCUCUGCGCGCCUCAGGUUGUGAACUCUUGUCGCUCCUCGGUGAGAAGGCCUACCUCAUCUCCCACUCCAUCGGCGCCCGCGCGCCGAUUCUCCUGUCUAACGACUGCCCGCAGCAUAUCGCCGGCAACAUCAACCUCGAAGGCACCACAGUGCCGUUCUGGUCAUUCGAGAGCCGCUCGGCGACGAACCCGUGGGGCCUAACCAAUACGCCGAUCGACUACGACCCGCCCAUCGCCAGCGCGGACGAGCUCGAGACCGAGGUUGUGGGCAACGACACGCUUGCACUGCGCAGCUGUCAUCGCCAAAAGGAGCCGGCGAGGAAGCUGCCCAAGAUUGCGAGCGUGCCGUAUCUGAUGGUCACGACGGAGGCGAGUGUUCAUGUUACGUAUGAUCACUGCACGGUGGAUUACCUGAAGCAGGUUGGUGGAGAGCCGGAGUGGAUCAAGUUGGGUGAUAUUGGGAUCCAUGGAAAUGGCCACUUUAUGCAUUUGGAGAAGAACAGCUUGGAGAUUGCCGAAGUUGUGAACAGUUGGAUCCAGGAGAAGGAGACCCUAUAG